AUUUGGUAGGAAAAAAUUGGGGAAUGUACCAUUGCUCUUCAAAGAUACAUUCCACAAAAUCAUAAAAAUUUAGAUUGAGUUGACCCAACCAGUCAAGACGCUGCAAUUUCGGUUUCAGAGCUUCUCUUUCUAUGGUGAUGAGCGUACAGUGGAUUCUGGUGUGCCACGGCCUGGUGACACUGUUGGUGGUUGUUUCAUUCCUGUGCGGCCAAUGGCCAAUCUUUCGAGGCACUUUCAUCGAACGCAUUCAUUACUUCCUCACCUUCGGUGCCUACGAUUAUUUCCGACGAAUUGUUGGGGUGAUCUGUGGCUCUAGAGGCACUGAUGCGCUUCUUUCCGUCGAGUACUACUGCUGCGAUCGACCUAACCCUAUCCUACAGAUCAUAUAUUUGGCAAUAAUUGGAGCUACUUAUUACUUUAUUGUAAAGUCAGUUUUCAGCUAUAUACCUGGAUAUUAUCUAAGUGAAGUUCACAGGCUCACAAGCUUGUUGGCAGUUGGUGUGGGUAUUCUACUCUUUCUUUUGACUAGCUAUUCUGAUCCAGGAACUGUGAAUGCAGAGAAUGUUUCUCAAUAUCUCUCUGCUUAUCCGUAUGACAAUGCAAUUUAUUUGGAGAAAGAAUGUUCAACAUGCAAGAUUCUGAAACCUGCUAGGUCCAAGCACUGCAGCAUUUGCGAUCGCUGUGUCGCUCGGUUUGACCAUCAUUGUGGAUGGAUGAAUAAUUGCAUAGGGGAGAGGAACACUCGAUACUUCAUGGCUUUUCUUCUUUGGCAUUUCCUCCUUUGCAUAUAUGGAACAGUAGCCAUUGCGUUGGUUCUUGCUGGUCGAGUGAAGGAACUAAAAGUUGUCUAUAUUUUAACAGUUUAUUACGGGAUUGAAAAUUCAUUCCGCAGUUUGGCGCCACAUGUUGUACAGUGGCUGUUGGGCUCUUACAACACUCAAAUACUUCUUAUGGUGUUUCUGGCCAUUGUUUCUCUGCUACUAGCUGGUUUCUUUGGGUAUCAUGCCAAUCUGUGUCUCACAAACACCACCACAAAUGAGACUUUCAAGUGGGAAGAGUACUUAAGCUGGAAGAGGAAGGUACAUGAGGCAAAGGUAAGUGCUGCAGCACUCAAAGCAAGUAUAAGUGGACUUAGCAGUGAAAGGCAGCGGCCAGAGAGCAAAUGGAGGGCCUUCUUUCGGAGAUCUCGUUUGGAAGAUGUGGAAGUUGUCAAGGAUAAUAUUUACGAUAAAGGGUACUUGUACAAUCUUCAUGAAAUUUUCUUUCCUCUCUCAACAGGACCUUCAUUUUCACAAGCAAAAUCAAAAUCGGGUUAACUGUUGCUGUCAAAUGACUUACACUCGUAUUUAGCUAGGGUUCCUUCAACAAGGUAGAUGGUGAAAAUCAGUAGGCCCAUUUGGCUCUUUAUUCAUCAUAACUGUUGUAACUUUCUUUUUUCCUCCUAUUUUUCAUUUUCUUUUCUUUUAAUCUUUUUCUCUUUCAAUUUAAUUUUGUGUAAAUUACACUCACAUCGUUUGAUUGCCCGAUGGCAUAAUACUUUCACCCCUUCUAUUCUCUCAAAUAUCAUUGACCUCUCUUUUAGAAUUUUGUAUAACAUAUGGAUCCAUCUGUAAGUCAACUGUUAGUUGACAUCAUAGAAUUUGC